ACCUGAAAAGAUCUCCCCCAUUUAAAACCUCUCCUUUCCUUUGUUCUGUUUCCCCCCAAUGCAUGUUCUCUAAAAUUCCCCCCUUUCCAGUUAUCUCCUCUCUCGCUCUCUCAAGAUCAGAUCAAAAUUUGGCAUCUGAGUUUUAAAUCAACCCCCUCAUGGAUCCGCAGGGACACGGCACUCCUCCUCCAAUGAACCCCGCGGUCCAAUACCCCGCGGGAACACCGUACGCAGCUUUCCAACACCUCUACCAGCAGCAACAGCAGCAACAGAACCAACAGCUCCAGCUCUUUUGGGCCGAUCAGUACCGAGAGAUCGAACAAACCACAGAUUUCAAGAACCACAACCUCCCAUUGGCCAGGAUCAAGAAGAUCAUGAAGGCCGACGAGGACGUGCGCAUGAUAGCGGCCGAGGCGCCCGUGGUCUUCGCCCGUGCCUGCGAGAUGUUCAUCCUCGAGCUGACCCACCGCGGGUGGGCCCACGCCGAGGAGAACAAGAGGAGGACUUUGCAGAAGAAUGACAUUGCGGCGGCCAUCACGAGGACCGAUGUGUUUGAUUUCUUGGUCGACAAUUGUGCGAGAGAGGAAGGGAAAGAGGAUGGGAUUGCGAGGACGGCGAUGGGAGUGCCGGCGGGUGCUGACCCGAUGGCAUAUUAUUAUGUGCCCCAGUGAGCAAAGAUGGAUUGGUGACAAUGUGAGUGUUUUGUGUGACUACGUUUCUAAUUGUUGCCUUGGUUAUCUAUUUCUUUUCAUCUUAUCAGUAGAUUAGGUUGGUGUAGAGAAUUAUGUUUCUGGAGUUUCUUUUUUAGUAACUCUUCGUGUUACUCUUGCACCUUUUAACUAAUGUGUUGUUCGUGAGUAUGGGAA